CGUUUCAGUGAUGCUUUCAUCGCAGCGGGACCUUCUGUGGCCCUCGAGGGACCCGCGGAUGAUGAAAGUCACACAGAAUCAAAACUUCAACAUGAACAAGAUAAAUCAAACUCCCUUCCCAUUCCUUCUGUUUCCAAGCGAAUCGUGCUUGGUGAUUCUGUCUGUAACAUGGCAGGCACGGCUGACCACGCAGGCAGCAUGGUAGACCUCAAAGGGGAUAAGGACUUGUUCAGUAAAACUCCAGAGCUUGUCAAUGAGGGUACAAGUGAGCUCCGUCACCGUAGUAGAGGGGAACUGCCAUCUGAAGCUGCACCACGGCCACCUAGACAUGGAUUAGACCAGUACUUAUCCAGAUUUGAUGAAGCUCUGAAGCUGAGGAACCAGCUGAUGAAUGAGAAGCCAAGCCAAGAAAAUGGGAAUGCAGUGGAGGAGUUUGACUCUUUCCGCAUUUUUAGAUUGGUGGGAUGUGCUCUGCUUGCCAUUGCAGUCAGGGCUUUUGUGUGCAAGUACUUGUCAAUAUUUGCACCAUUUCUUACUCUACAACUUGCUUACAUGGGACUGUCCAAGUACUUUCCAAAGUGUGAGAAGAAGGUGAAAACAACGGUAUUAACUGCUGCUCUUUUACUGUCUGGAAUCCCUGCAGAAGUGAUUAGUCGCUCCAUGGACACCUACAGCAAAAUGGGAGAUGUUUUCACAGACCUUUGUGUCUAUUUCUUUACUUUUAUCUUUUGCCAUGAACUUACACUGUUUUUUGGUUCUGAAGUACCAUGAUGGCUGCAGAAUUCAGCACUGUAGUUACACUAAAGCUUUCUGGACUGUAUUCCUUUGAUGUCAUCUGACUGCGGAGAGGUUUAAACCUUCAUUAAAAUUCUUACCUGUUCGAAUGCUUGAAAGGAGCCUUAAAUCCAGUCAUUUUGGGAAAGGAAGAGCAGGGUCCCAGACUGCCAGUUGUAUUGGUUCGGUUUAUUUAAAUACUGUGUCUGCCUAUUAUAAAUGUGAAGAAUAGGAUGCAAGUGUCAGUGGAUGAUUUAUUUGGCUUAGUUAGAUGAUGCCCUUCUCAGCCUCCUUCAAAAACAUUUACAAAGCUGUCUUUGUGUUCAGUGAGAACAGAGAAUUCCUUUCAGCACAAACAUAGACGUGUACAUAUCCAGUAUGGCUAUAGCUAACGAGAACUGCUCAUUUUGUGGUGUUCCCAUUUUUUUUAAGAAAGCUCUAAAUAAAAGAAAUCCCUGCAACCCCAUGUUCAUGUUCAGAAUGUUGAACCACGUAGCUGCUUCUGGAGAAUGUUGGUGAAACAUGCCACUUUGUUGUCCUAAUCCUCGCCAAAUACAUUAUUUGUGAUUGUGAUUAAUUUAAUUUGAUGAUUAUAGUGCAAAACAAUUAAGCAAAGCCAACACCAAAAAAGCCCUGUUGCUUACAAAUGUCAUCAGUCAAAAAGUAGGAAGAAAUAAAAUUGUUAAACUCACCUGUUAGUGAGUUUCCAGCAACCUAAUCCUAGUGUAGCUCAUUCACCUGGGUUUGGGUUUUUUUAAUUAUUAUUAUUUUAACAGUUUAGCUCAUGAGGGGAAGGUCAUAUAUCCUGGCAACCAACCUGCAGUAGCAAAUGUUUGCUCUAGUAUAUGUAAAACUUACAAGGGCACUGGGUUUUUUUCUAGCUCUGCAGGAUUGCUCAAGACAACUUCAAUAUGACAUUAAUUUCUGCAGUUUGUCUCUGUUUAUUACCAGACAUUUUCAUGUAAACAGGAUCUUAACUGCAGAGGGGUUUUGCUCCUGCUGUGGCAUGCUGCACCCAGCAGCAUACAAUCUUUGAUUCAGCAGAGCUCUGUACAUGAACUUUUUUGGUAUGUCUCUGAAAUCAGCCUGGUGAAAUCUCAGUAACCAUUCCUGUUUAAAUCCUGUACGCUGCAGGUGGCGGUGAAAUAAAAAAUAGCACUUUGAGCUGACUCCCAGAUGAAGUUCUAUGUAUGAAGGGAGAGUAGCAUUUUGUAUUUUUUUUUUCGUGGAUGUCCAGCCACAAAGGCAAAAAGAAAACAAAUAUGGAUGAGUCCCAUCACUGGAUAAAGUAGGGAGCUAGCGAAUGAUCUUGUUUCCAGUCUCCUAGGGAUUUUGCACAGCGAGAGGAAG